AUGACAGACGUACAACUGCACCACUUCAGUGACGCUUCUCAGCAUGCCUAUGGCGUGGUGUCAUACCUGAGGAUGACAAAUGCAGAAGGAGCACAUCAAAUCUCUUUUGUGUGUGGAAAGGCCAAGCUGGCCCUUCUGAAACAACAGACCAUACCCCGUCUUGAAUUGUGUGCUGCAGUAUUGGCCACAAGGGCAGACAAACAAAGCCAUACAUUUAGAAGUCCUUACUUCUCAAAGUGCAGACUCUUCAUUUCUGCUCUAACAAGGUUCACAGGACGCAGAGGUACUCCCAAACGCAUUCACUCUGACAAUGGAACAAAUAUGCUUGGAGCCACCCAUGAACCAAAGGAACCAGGCGGAGUAUGGGAACACCAAAUCCGGACAGUAAGGAAGGUCCUUCAGGCAGUAGUAGGCUCCCAAACACUGGAUGAUGAACGCCUUCAUACACUAUUCUGCGCUGUGGAAGAAAUUGUUAAUGGAAGACCUAUCACUCUUGUGUCCGACGACCCCAACGACCUUAUAGCACUAACGCCACUUCAGUUACUCCGGAUGGGAGCUGACUUUCUCCCUGUGGGCAAUGACCUGACUGUAGCAGACACAUACUGCCGUCGAUGGAAACACGCUCAGUAUAUAGCAGAUCAGUUCUGGAAAAGGUGGCUCAAGGAAUAUCUUCCUACACUCCGGCAAAGACGAGGACCCUUAAGAACUCAAGGCGACUGGCACCCUGGCGACAUCGUACUCAUCACGGAUCAACUCCCUACCUCGAAGUCAAUGGAUGCUUGGCAGAAUACUAGAAGUGAUACCAAGGGCCCAUUCAUUAAACAUUAG